CCUGGUGACGAUGGUGGAGGAGUUUGUCGGGCGGGUGGUGGAGGAGCGCACGGAGAUAAGCGAGCUGAAUACUCGGCUUUCGCAGGAGGGGGAGGCGCUGAGGACGGAGGCGAGGCGCGCGGCGGAGGAGAGGAAGGGGUUGGAGAGGAAGGUGAGGCGGUUGGAGACGGAGGUUAAGGAGGAGAGGGCGCGGGCGAGGCGGUGUGAUGAGCUGGCUGUGCAGGUGGAGCAGGUUAGUAUGCGCGGUGGUUGGAUGCUUGCUCGCUGACGAAGAUGGAUGCGGUGCAGAACGAAAAGCAGCUCGAGACUCUACGCCAGCAGCAAUAUCCGCAACCUCCCCAGGCUCAGAAACCCGCCCAAGACCACGCCUCCCCCUUGGUUCCAGUCCAAAUCCCACCCGCAGUCCAAUCCUCACCCAUCCGCCCCCCACCCCAACCCACCAACCCCCCUGCUGGACCACGCCUCUUCCCCCCACUCCUCCACACCGCCCUCACCGCGCUCCACCUCACCGCCACGCAAUCCUACACCCUCCUCGCCGCGCUCAAAGCGCUGAACCAGCUCACACAGCCCCCGCUCAAAGCCUGGCGUGACAUGCUGCAGGUCUACGCACGCGUGGAGCGCGUUCUCGCCGUCGCGGCGGAGAAGGACAAGCAGGCCGGAUCCGAGACCGGCCGCGUGCGCAGGGUGGUUAGUAUUCUGGAUAAGAACGCGGUGCUUGGUGCUGCUGCGGGUUCUGGUUCUGCGUCGGAGGACAUGCUGGCUGGUGGGGGGAGUGAGUUGGCGAGUGUGCCGGCGUGGCUGCCGUCGCUGCUUGAUAAGCAGGCGGCGUUGGCUAGGGAUAAGGCUGAGGUUGAGCGGGUUGCUAGCUUCAGGGAGUAUGUGGGCGAGUUUGAUAGGGAGGCUGUGGAGGGGUGGAUGGGUGGGGGUGUGGGGAGGGAUUUGGAUAGGGCGGAUGGGCAGGGGAAGGGGGGUGGGUGGUUUGGGAGAUGAGGUUGCGUGUGUGGAUGGAUGGAGGAUGGAGGAUGGAGGAUGGAUUGGCUUGGUUGAGAU